GUCAAAAAAUUUGCGAAUUUGUGAGUUGUUUGUUGCAAAGUGUUUUAUUUUUACUCUAUUUAAAUACGCAUAAACCUUUAUUGGUGAACUUUCUUGAAUGGAGAUAAUUUAAACAGCCGCAAUAGUUAGGGUUGACAAGCAAUUUAAAUCCGAAAUGACUUAGUGUACGUGCGUUCGCGACGCUAGCACGAGCCAUGGCCGGGCGGGUGGCGUACACUCCGCUAGCGCAGGCCGACAGUCGGGUGGCGGGGCGGAAAUUCGUGCUAACACUGGUUAUCGGGAUCUCGGCUGGAUUCAGCUUCGCCUAUAUCCUACUAACGUCCACCGGCCUUAGGGGCCUGUCGCAGGCGCUGCCCAGACCAAGCGCGCAACAGAAGUUCAUAAAAGUGGACACGCACAGCGCAGACGAGCCAGCUCACAAAGAUGAGGACAGGUCGGUGGCAGACGCCCUGGCUCAGAGGGUCAGGGUGCUGUGCUGGGUGAUGACGCAUCCCAAGAACCACCAGGCUAAAGCGGCUCAUGUUAAGGCGACUUGGGGGAAGCGGUGCAAUAUAUUGCUGUUUAUGAGCACAGAAGAAGACCCGUCGCUGCCCUCAAUAAAGCUGCCAGUCCAAGAGGAUCGCAACCACCUGUGGGCCAAGACCAAGGAGGCUUUCCGCUACGUGUACGAGCACCACCGCCGCGACGCCGACUGGUUCCUCAAGGCUGAUGAUGACACAUUCGUGGUGGUGGAGAACCUGCGCUACAUGCUGUCUGCGUACAGCAGCAGCGACCUCAUCUACUUCGGCUGCCGGUUCAAGCCCUUCUCACCACAGGGCUACAUGAGCGGCGGCGCGGGCUACGUCCUCAGCCGCGCGGCGCUGGACAGCUUCAUCAACCGCGCGCUGCCGGCGCCCACCCUGUGCAAGAGCAGCGGCACGGGCGCGGAGGACGUCGAGAUAGGCAAGUGCCUGGACAAGAUAGGAGUGAAGGCGAUGGACUCUCGGGAUUCGUUCGGCCGCGGCCGGUUCUUCCCGUUCCAAGUGAGGGACCAUCUGUUCCCGAAUAGGGACGACUCUUUCUGGUAUAGGAAGUACAUGUUCUACGUUAGCGAUGAGGGCCUAGACUGCUGUUCGGACUACGCCGUCUCAUUCCACUACGUGCCUCCGGAACAGAUGUAUGUCCUGGACUAUCUCAUAUACCACCUGCGUCCCUACGGCAUCAGCCACACGCACCGCGCCGCGUCAACCAACCUCCUUGAUGUACAGGCUGAAAACAAUAACUCCACAGACUUGAACAGAAUAGAGGAAAAAAUUAACACCAUAGAGAAUGAUAAGAGAUGAGGAAUUUGGCGGGAUUGGGUAAAUUAGGUUAUUAUUGUAAAUAGGUUAGGUUUGAAAGUUUUUUUUUGCGUGGAUUGUCUGUAUAUUGGGGGUGAUGAUUUGAAUAAGUAUAGUGUUUGAGGCUUUUAUUGACGAAAAUGAGGCAUUUCUUUUCGAUUAGCUCAAAAAAUUGGUUCCUUUUUAAUUAUCAAUCUGAUUAGCCCUUCCGAUGUUGCCAUUUAAUAAAAAUAAUAAUAUGUAACACUGAGUGCAAUAUAGAAAGGCAUUUAUACAAAAAUAUACAUAAUUUUAAGUUGAUUUAAGUAGGUAAGUACUUGUAAGUUUAAUGUUAAGACAUGUGAUAUGUAUAGAAUAUAUCUAAGGAUAAUUCUAAGUAUCCCAAACACCAGCAUUCUAUUAAGAUUACAAAAAAAAACAUAUUUUAUUUCAAUACAAAUAUACUUACUUAAUUUAUAUGAUAUUCCAAAAGGAAUAAAUUCAUGAUAAAACAAAAUGAUCUGAUCACAAUAAAUAGGCAAAUGUUAGGUUUAUCUUAUAUUUAGUUCUAGUCCAUUUCUCAUUUAUGAAAAAAUAUCGUGCUCAUAAUAAAAUAAUUUUUUAUAGGUUUUUUAAUAAGUUAGGUAAUUUUAGUUAAAUUAAUUACGUUAUGUAAUUUUUCUAGUCUUAAGUUAGCCAAAAAUAUAUAAUUUACCAAAAAACUAAGUAGAACGUCAAACCAAAGACAAUGUAGUAAGUAUACCUACUUUAAAAGUAGAGUAAAUUAUUGUUUAACAAAAACUAUAGGUACUUGUGACUUGUGUAUGUUUCGUAAAACCAUGUAAAACUUUGUUAUCUAUAAACUAUAGUUAAAUUUUUUUUAAAAACUUUUAAACCUUUACUUAUAACUUUAUUAUAUUACUUGCUUGCUGGC